AUGACCAAGACUAGGCCGUAAAACACUGAUAGUGCGUCAACGUGCUGACAGUUUUAAGUAUUUAAACAAGAUUGUUUAAAAUGUGAACAGUUCAAAAAAUGAUUGUGUGACUGUGUGAGUCAGACACUUAAUGAAGCAAUACCUGAAGGCACUAACGUUAACAGCGAUUAUUAUAAAAUAAUUUCGAAAAAUAUCGGAUUUAUAUCAGAUUUAUAUAUAAACAAACCAUUUUAGUAUUUGUUCAAACAUAUGAACAAAGGCUAUGUUUUGGAUAAAACAACUGAACCAAAAUGAUGUAGAUUUGAAACUGAAAGGAAGACAAUGUUCACUGACAUUGGAAAAAACUGCCAUAGUCAACAAACUAUACAAGCGUUCAAACUGAUUACAAAAACGUUUUACAAAGGACCUUUUCUGUAAAUCAGACUCAUUUAGAACUAAUUCUGACCAUAUGAAUUUCAUUAUUCAUGACUGCUACCUGGAUGCCAGUGAAAACGUGAAUGGCACAAGUAGAACAAGACAAAAUAAUAACUGACAAUACAGCUAGUAUGGUUUUCAGUGAUCAUCCUCCUAUCCUUCGGAAGGACAUUAGUGACACCGAAUGGACAGAUACCAAAGCUGUUCUUAUAACCUUCAUGAGCAUUAUAAAUGUUUUCAUGUUUUUGGGUAACACUUUAUCUAUAGUGGCAAUUUGUUACACUAAAAAAUUAAGACAACAAGUUUCGUAUUGGUUUGUAUUGAAUCUCGCAGUGAUCGAUCUUAUCAUUUCUGUAACAGUUGUACCAAUCAACACAGUGUGGGAAUAUUCUGGAACAUGGCCAUUUAGUCGCACCACUUGCGAAUUUUUCACAUUUGCGGACAUUUCCUUUAGCACAAUAUCGGCAUAUUCUAUUGUUCUUGUUUCUAUCGACAAAUAUGUGUAUAUAACAUACUCUAUUCAUUACUAUGAUAAAAUGACAAGAAAGAUUGCUUUACUCUUGAUAGCAGGAGUUUGGAUAAUGGUAUUUAUAUUUGCAAUGGUGUCAAUCUUAACGAAGGUCGGGACUGAUGAUUAUUUUGAAGACCAUUUUUUGGUGCUUCCAAACAACACAAAUAUCUGUAUAUUUGUAAUGACUGAUGCAUAUGUCCUUCCGUCAGCCGUAUUUAGCUUUUUCAUACCAUUUUUAAUUUUGUGCUUCACUAGUUCAAGAAUAACUUGCAUUGCCAGCAAGCACAUCAAAAAGAUACAUACAAUAACAAUAUCCAUAACAGAAACAGAUUCUGAAUCAACUCGUACUAUAGACAAGGCUAGACCUCGCAGACACACUGUCAUUGGAGGAUCAGACUCAAACCCCCCUGUGAAAACAACAAGUUUUAGAAAAGUAAGUUCAGAAAAAGACAUUUUCAGUACAAAACAGAAAAAUCUUGCACCAAUGCAAGGCAAUACAAACUUAUGUGCUAGCAUAAAAGAGACUACUGAAGUCAAUGAAGCAAAAACUUCACACCAAAGUGGCAUCUCAGAAAUAGAACAAACCCAGGACAGAAUGAAAACUGAAGCAACUGAUAUAAAUAAAACUGAUAGGAAAAUUUCACAACCGCUGGGAAGCACAGAACCAAAGCAUGUUAAGGAAUCAACCACAAAUGUUAAUACUGAUUUUAAUGGAACAAAAAAUCUAGAACAAAGUGAUAAUCCAGAACUGAAAAACAUGGGUGAAUCUAAUGAAACCUCGAAUGAGGCAAAAAUUACUUAUGCAAAGUUUAAAGAGCAUACUGAUAACACUGGUGGUUCUGAUUCAAGGUUCAACAAUCAGGGUAAAGACAAGAAAACCCUAGCGGAAUCCGAUCCUGAUGAUAAGCAACAAAAUUUGGAUAUUCCGGCAACAAGGGGUCGAAGUGAAUCAAUGCGUUCAUAUAAGUUAAGACAGUCUGACAGCAUCAAGAGUGUGUUACGAAAGACAUCUCCAUAUUGUAAACUAUUUGGGACAGUAACUAUUGUGAUAGCAUGUUUUAUUUUGAUGUUUGCACCAUACAACAUUGCUACAGUUAUAGAUGUGCCAUGUCACUGUAUUGAACCUUGGGUAUAUGAAGAUGUUCUUGCAGUUUUGUAUUAUAUGCAUUCACUUGUUAAUCCAUACAUUUAUAUGGCAACUGAUAGAAAAUACAAGGCUGCUUUAAAAAUCCUUUGGAAAACUGUGAUAACAAAAUUAAGUUGUACAUUUUUUAGAAUGUAAAAAUAUAGUAUUUGCACAGCAAAUAAAAAAGUGAUUUCAUA